AAGACUGGAGAUCCGUACCUUGUAAAUAUGCUCUUGGCAGAGCUUCCAGAGAAGAAAGCGACGCAGAAAGCCGACAAGCCUAUGCUCGCUGUGCUCGGUACCUCGCACUUGGAUAUGGUCAGAUUCCUCUCUGAGCUUGAUAGCUUCAAUCCACUUUACCGGAAUCGCGCAGGCAAGACCUGGCCAGAGAUUGCAGAGGAACGACGCGGGCAAAACUGGCGAGAGGAGAAAGAGCUUCUGCAGAAAUUAUACGACCAAAAAGCGGCGUCGAUAGAUCGUCGUAGCUCCAGUCCUGUUCUUAAGAGGGACGGUGGCAAGCGGAGAUUGAGCCGACGGACUCCCGAGGAUGACAGCGAAGAAGAGGAUGCUCCACGACGCAAGAAUGGUCGACGAUUAAUGUCCAAACGUGAUAUGCGCGCUGCAAGCGGGAAAGCACUAUCAGAGGACGAGUCGUCUGACGAGUCCAGCUCAGAAGUGGCGACCACAGCUGAGGAAAGCUCCAUGAAGCCUCCUGAAAGUCCUGCAAAACGAACAACUCCCAGCCGAACGAGGAGAAAGAGCUUCUCUGCACAGGCACCAGACGCAUCGCCCCAAACGCGCAGACGAUCAUCGUCUUUACGUAGUCACAGCGAGCAGGUCCUUCCAACGCUGGAGGAAAAGGUAGAAGAUAGAGAAGCACUUGCAGAGAAACGCAAAGCCGAGGAAGCGCAAGCCGCUGAAGCAGAGGCCCAACGCAAGGAGCAGCAAGCCGCUGAAGCUGA